AAAUAAAUAAAAAUCUUAAAAAAUAAGACCCAGGGUAGAGAUGGGCUCUUCCUGUUUCUGACUGUGUGAUGUCUGGAUGUCACAUGUCUGGACUUUGAGAAGUUAUCUUAUAAUAUGGCCAAGUCAGGAUUAACAUGCAUUUUGUUCCUUAAUUUUUUACACUUCUGUUCAGAGAAAAAAAUAGCAUGUGUUUUUGAUAUUUUCUUUUCUAGGGGGGACCCUAAUAGAUGUGACAUCUGGGGAAACACUCCUCUACAUUUUGCAGCCUCCAAUGGCCAUGCCCACUGCGUCUCAUUCCUAAUCAACUUAGGUGCCAAUAUUUUUGCCUUGGACAAUGACUUACAGUCUCCACUGGAUGCUGCCGCUAGCAGAGAGCAGAAUGAAUGUGUUUCUCUCCUGGAUGAGGCAGCAACUGCCCAGAACAUCAUGAACCCCAAGAAGGUCACUAAGCUGAAGGAACAGUCUCAGAAGAAUGCCAGGAGACAGAUCAAAGAGUGUGAGAGGCUCCAGGAGAAGCAUGAAAAUAAGAUGGCCCGUACCUACAGAGAGGAAUCUGGUACUUUUUUUUCCAAGAGCACUUUUUCCAGAUCAUCUCUUUCAAAUGCUUCGGCUUCCAGCACAUUUGGGUCACUGUCUAAGGGCAUUAAAGAUACCUUCAAGAUAAAGUUCAAGAAGAAUAAAGAUACAUCACAGCAGGUAGAGAAGGAGCACAGAAAUGAGCAGAGGAAUGUGAUGGAUGUGUUCAGAGACGAAGAAGAAGACACAUUCUUAGGGGACUUCAAAGAGAAGCUCCAGGUUUCAGCAGAGGGCAGCUGUGUGGGACAUGAAUCCAUUCUCAGCCGUCCAGGUCUAGGAAAUAUUGUUUUUAGAAGGAACAGAAUAGCAAACUCUGAAUACAUCUCAGAUACCAAGAAGGAGUUAGAGUUUAAAGUGUCCAGUGAAUUGCUUCAGAGACAAGGAGCAGCACAGGCUGAUGAAGUGGUGGCUGAUGAGGAGGGAGAGGAGAACAGCCUGAAAGAUGACCUGCCUUGGGAUGAGGAUGCAAUGGAGUGGGAGGAAGAUGUGGUUGAUGCUACACCCCUGGAAGUAUUCUUACAGUCUCACCAUCUGGAAAAGUUUCUUUCCCUUUUCAUGAGAGAGCAGAUUGAUCUACAAGCUCUGUUGCUUUGCUCUGAUGAGGAUCUUCAGAGCAUUCAAAUGCAGCUGGGUCCCAGGAAGAAAGUUCUUAAUGCCAUAAACAGAAGGAAGCAAGUGCUCCAACAGCCUGGGCAACUGGUCGACACCAGCCUGUGAUGGAGUAUUGGCUAAACAGGGUGAGCCUGCAGCAGAGAGGUGAUGCUGUGGUCCACUGGAAGCACUCCAGGCAAUACCUUCUCUCUACUGAAUGCCAAACCACUGAGCUCUUAGAUGUCUGAUGUCUGAGCUCUUAGAAUUGCCUGCCUCAAAAAGAGGCCCAAGCUCUGCUCUGAGAAAUUCUCUAUACCUAUACAAAUAAACCACCAGUGAGAAACGCAAGGAAUAAAAACUGGCAUGUCCCUUCAAUUAUCUUUUUUAAUAUUUUUGAAUCUAGAAAUGGUUAAAUAGAUGAGGGAGAAGAAGAAAAACUUUAUUUUUCCAACUCUGGAUUUAAGAUUAUAAUCUCUCAACACACUGCUUUUUACUUUCAGAUUUUCAUGGUCCAGGGAUUCCAACACAAGUUUUGUCCUUAGCUCUAGACUUUGUUGGUAGAGAUUAAAAUUCCUCUAUUGGCCUAAGAUUUGAUACCCAACUUAAAUGUGUCUGAAGUUUUAACAGAUGUCUGUAGGUUUACAAGUAAUGAAAAUGGAACUACACUACUCUCACCUGAAAACAGAGUAUCAGGUAGGGAGAAUGAAGAGAAAAAUAGAAUAUAGGAUACCUACUAUGAACAGAAUUGUUUUCCCCAAAUUCAUAUACUGAAGCCCUCCCCCAAUACAACCAUAUUUUGAGAUAGGACCUUUGUUAAGUUAAAUGGGUUCAUAAGUGUGGGGCCCUAAUCCCAUAUAACUCUUGUCCUUUAAGAGGAAGAGACACCAAAGAUGCACAUGCACAAAGAAAAGGCCCUGUGAGGACACAGCGAGAGGACAGCCAUCUGCAAGCCAAGAGGAGAGGCCUCAGGAGACACUAGAUCUGUCAACACUUUGCUCUUGACCUUUCAGCCUUCAGAACUGUAAUAAAAUAAAUGUCUAUUGUUCAUGCCACACAGUCUGUGGUAGUUUCUUAUGGCAACAUGAGCAGACUAAAAUAGUGCCUUAGCAAGGGGGUAGGAAAGAAGAAAAUACGUGGGAAAAAAGUUUGGCAUAUUUGGUAAUUUUUUCUAAGGGUAAGUAACUCCUCAAACUUUAAAAAACAAAGAAAGAAGCUCUGGCUGGUGUAGCUCAGUGGAUUGAGCGCAGGCCUGCGAACCAGACAAUCGCGGUUCGAUUUCCAGUCAGGGCAUAUGCGUGGGUUGCAGGCUGGUUCCCCCUGCAGGCCAGUUCCCAGCAGGGGACACACAUAAGGCAAUCAUACAUUCAUGUUUCUCUCCAUCACUCCUUCCCUUCCCCUCUAAAGAUAAAUAAAUAAAAUCUAAAAAAAAAAGUAAAAGAAAAAAGGAAAAAAACUACAUUUGUGUAGGGAAAAUUUUAUUGUAAAAGUAAAUUUUAUAUUUUCAUGCUCAUUAUGUGCUUAUUUUUUAUUUACUGUUUAUCAUCAUUGCUACAUGUCUAAAUUCAUGUAGAUUCUAUAAUAUAAAUUUGCAACAUUGCUGCUGACAUUUUUUGAGUGACAAUGUUAAAACCAAAACUCUACUGAAUAGCUAAGCUUUACUGGGUUUUUAUAGCCAGACUUACAUCAAAUGAAAUUUACCAUCAAUUAUGUGUAUAAAGUAGAAACAGUUGUUUCCUGAGCAUGCUUCCUGACUCACAUCUGUUUGGGUUAUUUCAGGAAACACCUUGGAGGACAUAAACUUAGGGAGGAUACAGGUGCUGAAAUCUGAUGAACAAUUGG